AGGAGAGGAGAAGGGCACAGGGUUGCGACCCCGCUCCCUUACUGACUUUUGGCAGUAUUAUAUAUCCCAUUGAAGUCAAUGGGGCUAGCUCCUGGGGAGCCGUGUAUAAUACAGUCGCAACCCUGGGCAGGAAAUCCCAUUUGAUUCAAUGGGAGUUACUGCUGAGGAGACAAACAUGGGGUCGCUACCCUGGCGCCCGCUUGCAUUGGGCGUAAAUCCCAUUUAAGUCAUAGUGUAGUUUACCACCCCGCACUAUCUUAAAAAGGCAGUAAAUCUCAUUUAAUUCAGUGGGACUGACUUCUGAGGAGACAAAGAUGAAGCUGCAACUCUGACGCCUACUUACAUAGCCACUUAAUUCAUAGGAUUGCAACCCCACGCCGUCUUAAAAGGCAGUAAAUCUCACUUGAUUCAGUAGGGUUUACUUCUGAGGAGGCAAACAUGGAGCUGCAACCCUGAUGCCCACUAACGUAGGAGUAAAUCCCAUUUAAUUCAUGCAACCCUGUGCCCACUUAACAUGGCAGUAAAUUCUAUUUAUUUCAAUGGGGUUUACUGCUGAGGAGCCACAUAGGGUUGUGGCCCAGUUACCUGCAGACAGGAGUAAAUCCCAUUUAAUUCAACGGGGCUUCUGAGAAACACAUAGGAUUUCAGUCUUUUGCCCAAAUACACUGCUAUAAAUCCCAUCAAAUACACUGGAUGUUACUCCUGAGGGGAAACGCACCCCAGUGCACACUUGUAAGGAGAAAAUCCCAUUAAAUUCAAUGGGGCUUCUGAAGAGACACACCUAGGAUUCCUACCCUUUGCUCAAUUACAUGGGCAUAAACCCCAUUUAAUUCAAAGGAUCUUGAGUAUAGGAUUGUGCUGCACAGUGGCAAUGCUGUGCCUAUUUACAGUACAUGGCAAUAGGCCCCACUGAACUCAAUGGGACUUACGGUACUUAAGACCCAUAUAGGCUUCAGAUACACAGUUUCCUGGGAUGGCUGUUCCCUGCACAUAUUGAGACUGUAGUCAUGUCUAUUUAGACCUCGAUUUAUUUAAUUGGAUCUACUCUUGGCCCCCUGAAUUAUCUCUGCAAUACCGUGUUCUCUUAUUUUUAACCCUGUGCUUUUUUUUGCCUGAAAUUCCUCUGCAAUCACCAAAUGAUGUGAUGCAUUUGAGAAUACGUACAGGAUUCUGAGGUUGGGGUAUUAAUAAUAUCUUAGAGGACUGGAUCCCCUCCCAGGGUAAUCUUAUUUGACUUCUUAUUGGCUUCUUUCUGGAAAAGAAGAUCCCUGCUGCUAGAUUAAGCAGCCACCUAGUUUAGUUUCCUGUUUCCAAUAAGGAGUCAGUCAAACUGAUGACUCUGGAGGGUAUUGAGUGGUAGACUGCCCCUGAACCUGAAUGCUUCCUUUACCUAUCCUAAAUAACUAUUGGAAGACGUCCUUUCACCUGUCCACUUCCUAAAAUUUAAUCCAAAGCACCAAAAUAGGUGCAAAAAUUUAGACCUGGGCCUCUAGCUGCACACACGUUGGGCAUUUUUUAAUUGUAACCCAAUAGAAUGCAUAAAUAUUACAGAGACACACAGAUGGAAUAAUAUAACACACACUGAAUUUAAUGAUCAUACAAAGUGAAAUUACUUCCACCAUUUACUGUAACUUAGUUAAGGUACAUAAAUAUCACACCCAUCUGCACACUUCAUGAAUAUUGCACACCACAGCUGUGCAAUCUUAUAUUCCAACCCACUCAGGGUGCAUAAAUAUUAACCACUCACACAGUGCAUGAAUACCACCCCCUUCGCGCAGUCAUGCAAUCUUUAUUAUAAACCAGUCAGGGUGCAUAAAUGUUACAGGGUAAUGAAUGUUGCACACAGGAAUGCAAUGUAGCAUAAGUAGAAUGCAUAAAUCUUACAACUCCCGCAGUCUUUUACUUGUAAACCACUUGAGAGCAUGCAAUCUUGCGCACAAAACGAUGAAUGAAUAUUAUAACACAGCCAUGCAAUCAUUGCUGUAACCCAAUUUGGAUGUUUGAGAGUGUGUGUCUCUCUCACACAACUCCAGCAAUCUCUCAUUUUGUAGCCCAGUUUAAGGUGCACAAAUCUCACGCGCAUUUUCGUGCAACCUUCAUUGCAAGUUCUGGGUGCAUAAACAUUUCUGAGCGCCCUCGCGCAGGCGGGCGCAUGCACGUUGGAUCCCACGAAAGGAACGCGCUCCCCAGAGCAGCUAACGGAUGAAGACCUCGACGGUUGGCAAAAGGGGUGGGCAGGACAAUGGCCCAUUUACUCCCUAUCCCCUGUCCAGUGAAACUGGGGACGUUGAAGAGCGAAUCUCUUGAAGCUCGUUUGCACGAAUAUGUGAAGCAAGGCAAUCACGUGAAAGUGAAGAAACUUCUGAAAAAAGGAAUCAGUGCUGACUCGAUUAACUCAUUGGGGCAGACUCCCCUAUUCACUGCUGCCUUGCUUGGUAUUGGGAAAGUUGUCAGUGUUCUUUUGGAUUAUGGUUCGGAUCCCAAUCACCGCUGUCACGAUGGGAGCACUCCGGUCCAUGCCGCAGCUUUCUCAGGCAACCAGUCAAUUCUCAGCAAACUGCUGGAUGCGGGUGGAGACCUGCGAGUCCAUGACAGGAACGGGAGGAACCCACAGAGCUGGGCUGUGACAGCUGGGAAAGAGAGCAGCGCUCAGAUGCUCGAGUUCAUCCAGCGAUGUACAUCCCACAUGCAGGCGAUUGUGCAGAACUACUCCAUAGACUUGCUACGGAAGGUGGACUCUCCCAGAGCUUUGGUCUCUAGCCCCUCCAAGUUUGUGGGCAUCAAGCAAGGGACGGCUGACAAGAUUCUGAGACGUGGGAGCAGUGCCCCCCAAAACAUUUACAGCUUUGGCUUUGGGAAGGUUUACCUCACAAGCAGCCGUCAGUUGGGCUACCUGGCAUCGCUCCCCAUCAUUGCGGAUAAGGAAGUGGUCCAGGCUGAUGAUGAACCAACCUUCUCCUUUCCAGUUGGGCCGUACAUGACUAUGACCAAUUUGAUGUGGGGUGGAAGCAGAGUCACAGUGAAGGAGCUGAACAUGAAACCCCACCAGCACUGCAGCAAGCUGCGCCUCUCCGACCUGCUUCUCGCGGAACAGGAGUACAGUAGCCAGCUCCGCCAUCCUCAUUUGUUGCAGCUGAUGGCCGUCUGUUUAUCCAGCGACUUGGAGAAAACGCGAUUAGUGUUUGAGAGGGUUACUUUUGGCUCCCUUUAUAGCAUCCUUCAUGAGAGGCGUUCGGAGUUCCCCAUUGUGCACAUGGAGACCCUCGUGCACCUCUUGCUCCAGGUGAAUGAUGGCCUGAGGUUCCUGCACUCGCAUGGCUUCAUCCACCGCACGGUCAGCUCCUAUGCUGUGGUGGUGGUUUUGGCCGGGGAAGCCAAGCUUACCAACCUGGAGUACAUGAUCGAGAGCAAGGAUGGGGGAGAGCACAGCGACCUGACGCGGCUGCCCAUCCCUUCCCAGUUGUACAAAUGGUGCGCUCCAGAAGUAAUCCUCCAGAGGACUGCGACCACCAAGUCUGACAUCUACAGCUUCUGCGCAGUGAUGCAGGAGGCUCUAACAGAUACCAUCCCCUGGGAUGGGUUCGAGGGCCCGGACGUUAAGGAUCUCAUAGUUUCGGGGCAGUGGCUGGAAGCGGAUGCCAGGCUGCCCAAGCCCUAUUACGACAUCGUGAAGACCGGGCUGGAGUCCAGGCAGAAGCAACGCACCAUGAACCUGCAGGAUAUCCGAUACAUCCUGAAGAAUGACCUGAAGGAUUUGCUUGAGUCUCGUAGGACCCGCCAUGGUGACAGUUCUGGACCGUCAAAGGCUGAACCCCGUGCUGACAUUAAUAUCUGCUUGCCGUCUGCCUCUGCUGUCUCGGUCAAGGUGGAAGAAGAGUUGCCAGAAGAGGAGCAGGAAGAAGAGAAGCCAGAAGAGGAGCAGAGUGUCCCGUGUCUGCCUUCCGGGAGCUUCACCGUGAUGAGAUGCGCUGCUUCUGCUCCCAGAAUCGAAGGUGCCGCUGGCCACCAGUCUCAGCCCGCCCUCCCCGCCGCUCAGUCUGGCCACCUCUUGGCUCCCAAAGUCCAGGGGGGCACCAGCGACAGGAACGAGAGCCUCUGCAGCUUUGAAAUCAAUGAGAUCUACACCUGCUAUCCUGAGAUGUGUGGGGACAGCACGGAGGAGGACACAACAUCGGGACCGGGCCAGGGAUCCCCAAGGCAGCCUCGGACUGUCCCGGGGGAUUGGGCCAAAGCCCUUUCGCCGCCCCUGCCAGCCAGAAUUCAGGACGGGCAGACAAGCUGCAGCGAGGGGGGUGCCAGCUUCGAUUCGGAGUCGGAAUACACCAGGGAAGAGAUCACCUACAUGUCGCAGGCCUACCCUGUGCAGCAAAUGGUGAGGUUCUCCAGCCCCCGGGGCCGGAACACCCCCUGGAAGGGGGGCCACUACUUUGGGAAGUGCGUCCUGAACCUGAAGAUCUCCCAGACGCUGCUGCAGCAGGCGAGGGACUCUCUCUGCCGGACGGAAAAGAAGCUGGACCAGCUGGAGAGCUUCAGAAAGCCCCAGCCCCAGCCCCAGCCCCAGCCAUGCGCCAUUGCCCUGAACCCCAUCGUCCGAGAAUACUGGGAGAAGGACGAGGGCGCCGCUUUUGGAAACCUCAGGGCGCCCUGCAGCAGACCCAGCGCCUUCCUCUGGAAAGCGGUGGGCCCUCCGUCUGUGAACUACGUCCCUCCACCACUGCGUGUCAUGGCCAUGCAGCGGCCUCUGGUGAUUCAGCCCUUCCAGCCCAUGGAGCCAGAGCGCAGGAGCCAGGACACCACCUGCUGGAGCGACUGCGGAUUGGAGGCGCCCAAAAACCCCUGGAGCAGAGGGGAAGUGGAGCCCAACUAUCAGCUUUUGCACCCAGGCGUCACCGUCCGGAGGAAGAGGAACAUGAGCCCGCAGUUGUGGCGAGGGAACCUCUCUGCAGUGGAUGAUGGGAACAGAUUUUCAGAUGGGUUCGUCUCAAAAUCAACACCUGAAAUUUAUGACGAUAGUGUGAGGAGGGAGGAGAGGAGGAUGGCACAGUCUGAAUGGACAACGGAAGUGAAACAGAUGGCCAGGCAAGCGGCUUCCGGGCAGCUUGGCCUUCCGCCCCAGUAUCGUCUUGGUGAAUGGACAUCGGAGAGCGAUGGGGAGAGCAUCAAGGAUGCCUUCUGGAGCACCAGCAGCAAGGAGAGACUCCGGUUCCACCAGUGGAACUCCGAGGAGGGGAGGCUGCGGGCUGACAGCGGAAUCGGAGACCACUGUUUGCCCUGUGACCACAGCGAAGGAAAUCCCCCGGAAGUUGCCUUGAAAAGAUUUGUGGUACCCGAGAGCCAAAGGACAGACGGCAGAGGCAUUCAAUUCCCAGCAAAUGAGGUGCUAAAGGACUGUGGCCUGGCCUCUCGAAAGAGCGCUUCGCUUUCUGUCACCGCCGAGGACCUUUGCCGGUUGGAGGAACUGGGCCCCUCCCUGUCUCCCUCCCUUGAUGUAUCAGAAGAGUUCUUCACUCCUGACGCAGAGUUCUUCUACUGCUCCUCAUUUCCUCCUGAGAAUGCAGAACCGGAGAACUCAACUGCUGUUGAAGAAGAAGACCUGGAAAUCACCCAAGAUAUUUGCAGUCAGGAAGACGACUUGGAAACAUUCCAAGAAAUCUGUGGGAGGAAAGAAUGCCCCACAGACGCAGAGCAACGAGGAAAACUAUUUCCCCACUGCGGCGCAGAGGCGAAACAUCUCCCUAGCAAGGCGCCAGGGGAGGAUUUGUUUACACCUGCAGCCAGCACCGGAACUACGCAGUUUGUGAGGCCCAGCAAGGCACCAGAAGAGUUCAAAGAGAAAGAAGUGUCACUCAUCGAUAUUCAGGACUUGUCCAGCAUCAUCUGCGAGGAGACGCUGAAGGCAACGCCAUACACAACUCCUAGAAACAGUCACUCGCCCAUGGAUGCCAGCACUCCGCUUAGCCCAGCACAGGCGCCGCCCAGGUUUUCCUCCACCAUCACGAAGUACAAGGACUACUGUGUGACAAUAGACACGACAGGCUGGGGGAGCCGGGAGGCCUCCCUGUUGGGAUUCAGCACCUUUGCCACUGCCUGUGCCCAAGGGAAGAUCGUAGAGUUGCCCCCCACCCUCCAGCAGCCGUCAGACGCAGUCUCCAAAACGGGUGCCUCGUCGGAACCCCCUGGCGUACAGUUGCAACUUCAGAGGGGUCAGAAAGAAUUGGAGGCUCCCCCUUCUGCUCAGGAGAGCCAGCUCCAGGAAGUGAUUCCUGAGCAAGCAGAUCCAGAAGAUAAAGAAAUAAAGCUGGACGAGUGCAAAGCUGAUGGCAGCCUCUGGAACAAUGACACUUUGUGUCUAGAAGAAGAUACAGACAGGGCUCACUCAAGCCUUGAUGAUGUUUUGGAAGCUGUCCUCAGGCCAGUUGCCGACAGUCGCAGCCCUCGCGCAGAGCCAUCAGCCCCCAUCAAGAGGGAACCAAGCCACGCCCAUCACGGAAACAUCGAGAUGAGGGACGGAGCAGAGGACAGCUUCAGCGAAUCGGAGGGUUCUGCUGAGAAUGUUGAAGGUCUGUCUUGAUCCAUAAAAGAAACGUGGAACCGUG